AUGACCAACACUUACUAUCAAGGAGCUCAACAAUGUCAGUCUCAACUGCAAAACCCGCCAGCGCAAUUCCAACAAUAUCCUGCUGGGCAGUAUCCAGGCCAGCCAGCUGCUAGUCCAGCUCCUGUUCAAGGAGCCGCACAACCGGCGUAUUAUUCUCCGGCAGCGCCGACCUACCAGCAGAAUGCCAGCGUCAAUUCGACGCCUUCAUAUCAAUCAACGCUACCUGCGUCGGUGACGCCCGGCUGGAACGAUCCGCCAUCGGUUCUGCCGACCGGCACUCCACAAAAUCGUUUAGCCAAUAUGCGACGAAGGCCUGUCGACCCAUCAAUUUCGGGAGCUGGGAAUUCCGCGCCAAUGGCCACUGGCUAUGGCAAUGCGUAUAAUCAACCACAACAAUCCCAACAGCAACAGCAGCAGGGGUACCCUGGGUAUUAUCCCCAACAUCAGCAACAAUACACUGGUCAAAUGUAG